CUCAUUUUAAUGUAGGGAGACAACAGUUUCAUUUUAGUUUAGUCAUCUCAGUUCGUACACGGUGGAAUAGUUUUGGGGACGAUCGAUGCCGUACUCGCCUAUCGCGUCGAGGGAAGGUGAGAAAGACAACUGUUAAUAUGGAAAUUGACUCUACUAACGACAAUACAGACUAUUCGCGCACAAGUAAAUGGUUCUGUCCACACUACGGGAGGGACACCUGUACGAUUCAGUUCAAAUGCUGCCCUGAAAACGACCGUUAUCCUUGCCACAAAUGUCAUAACGAGUUUAUGAUUGCACAAGAGGAGGAGCGCGCGAAAGAACAAGAGGAAAAUAAACUGUUGAUAGAGAACCCUAACACUGAAGAGGUUGAAGAGGUUUCCGAGCAGACUACAGAGAGCACGGGACAAGAUGCGAGUUUGGCAACUGCGGCAUUUCCAGCGGAGGAUCGCACGAGAAAACAGGAGGAAAUUAAACCAUUAUCAGAGGCUUCCGAAGCUGACAAAGGCCUCGGGGGGACGAGCGGCGGCGCGGAAGCCGGUGACAAUUCGGCAGAUGUAGCUAUACAAGUGGAGAAGCGCGGGAGCGAAGGAGCGGAAAAUAAGACAUUGCACGAGCGCCUUGAAAUUGGCAACGACGAGAACUUGACAUCAAAAUUUGGAGAGCUCCAAAUUUUUCUAGAUUGUCCACCAACCCAAAAUGGAGCUAACAGAGCCUCUAGCGUGGGAUCUUUUCGUGAGACAGUAGUGUCAACGUGCUCAGUAGAAAUUGAUGAAAAUAUUGCCUCGGAGACGAGUAAUGGAAAAGGUGUUCCACAAAAUAGUCAAAGCUUGAAAGUUAAAGAUGCAGAGUCUCCGCACCCCAAAGCGACAGCGCUGGAUGCAAGUGAUAUCGAAUGUACCGCUUGUGGUUGGAAACAAAUGAUCUCCAAGAACUGUGAGAAUUGUAAGAAGUCUUUUGCUGACUAUUAUUGCAGCAAAUGCCAACUCCUGAUUGGUUACCAAGUGGAUCCUUACCACUGCGAUGAGUGCAAAACCUGCAGGGAGAACGAGAAAAAUCAUUUUCAUUGUUACACGUGCAACGUAUGUAUGGCAAAAACUCUGCAGGAAAACCACCAAUGUUUUCCUGACCGAGGGCACGAUCCAUGCGCCAUUUGUUUGGAGGAGGUAUUUUCUGGAGCAAUCAUUUUCCCGUGCUUUCAUAUGGUCCACAAAGACUGUGCAAUAAAUCUUGUGCAAUCUGGAAGUGUUACUUGCCCGAUGUGCCGCAGACCAAUUUACCAAGAAGAUCAGGAUGGUGAAGAAACGGCACCUCCCUCAUCCUCUUACCUUCAACGGAUCAUUUCGAAGUUACCAUCUGGGUUUGGGUUUGGGUUUGGGUUUGGGUCCCGCCCUCGGGAAGAUAGCACGUCACGGCCGGAACAAUCGAUCAGCAGAUCAUUCCGAAAUAUUGGCAGAUUUUUUUCGACAUCUCAGUUAACCAAGUAUUUCGAAAAAUGCCCCUGGGUAUGUACAUUGGGGAAACGGGGUUGGAGAAGUAAUGUUCCGAAGGAAAACACACCAGAGGAUACAGAAAUGGUUUCCAUCGAGAUGCAACAACCUCUUCAAUUUGAUAGUGAAGAGUCUGUACUUCCGUUUCCGGGAACGCAGACCGACGUUUGA